AUGAUGGCGCAUCAACGGGCCUGUCUUUUUCUCUCGAAGCAGCCGCUUCGAGCUGGACGACUCACCUACUCACAAAUCCUCCUUCCCCGAAUCCUUCGAGCCAUAAUUCCUCCUCGGAGACUAUAUACCACCGAGAACGAAGCCCCACGAUUCGCCGAUACUCCUCCUCAAGAUGAAGCCAAAGAUUUGUCGCAUUUGAACCCGUCGCCAGAAGACUACUCCCGCUUCAUUUUCCAGGACAAAUGCACAGUCACAAUGCAUGCUGGUGCUGGCGGCCACGGUUGUGUUGCCUUUCUACGAGAAAAAUACAUUGAAGAAGGUCCUCCGAAUGGAGGUGAUGGUGGCAGCGGAGGAGGCAUUUACAUCCAAGCUGUGGAGGGCUUGACCAGUCUGCACAAACUUGCUCGAAGGGGUAUAAUCCGAGCUAGCCGAGGGAGAAACGGACAAGGCAAAAGCAUGGGUGGGAAACGUGGUGAUGAUGUCUUGAUCCAGGUUCCCGUUGGCACAGUGGUUCGCGAGGUAUCUCGUCAUGAUCCGGUUGCAGAAGAGCUAGCUCUGAGGCGGAAAAUUUACGAGGAGCAGCAGCUCGAGCAGCAAGAGCGGCGUGAGCAACGUGCCCUACAUGGAAAACCGGCGAAAACGGAAGAAGGGGAAGAGGGGGAGGAGAUGGAGGAGAUGGAAGAGGAGGAGGAAUCCGAUUUCACUCCUAUUCGUUUUGACCGCUGGGUGCUCUAUCCUGGUGCCAAUCCAGCCGACUUUUUGACGGUGGAGUUUCCUCGAUUGAAACCGCGCCGACAGGCUAUUGCUGCGAUGGAACCUCAAGCCCCGAUCUUUCUUGAUCUGUCAGCACCAAUGGACAAGCCUAUGUUGUUGGCCGCUGGUGGUGCCGGUGGGUUAGGCAACCCUCACUUUGCUGGUCGUGUUAGGGGCCGGCCGAAGUUUGCUUCCCGGGGCGAGGGUGGAAUGCGGCUGGAGCUUGACUUUGAACUCAAGUUGCUGGCAGAUGUUGGCCUGGUUGGAAAGCCUAACGCGGGAAAGAGUACUCUCCUGCGAUCUUUGACGAACAGCCGCACUCGCAUUGGGGACUGGGAGUUUACUACUUUGUCCCCACAAAUUGGCACUGUCAUCGUUGAUAAUCAUAAAGGUCGACCGCUGGUCGAAAACCGGGGAAAGAAAAACCGAACUCAUUUCACAAUUGCAGAUAUCCCGGGUCUUGUUGAGGAUGCACACCUAGACCGAGGCCUUGGCCUCGGAUUCCUUCGACAUAUUGACCGGGCGGGCAUCCUGGCCUUUGUAUUGGAUCUGAGCAACGGUGACCCCGUACAAGAGCUGAAGAAGCUAUGGCAUGAACUCGGCGAGUAUGAAAGACUUCGUGACACAGAAGCAGAGUCUGUUGCCGAUGAGCCGGAGGGUGUGAUUGACUGGGAUUCGCCUUCCGAUGCAUUCCCAGAGCUCGAAGACGAAACGACUCACGAGUCAUUCAACACGCCUAGUAGAUCUCUCCCUCGCCUCCCAAUGCCUCCUGUUCACACCAAGGCUUGGUUUGUCGUGGCUACCAAGGCUGAUCUCGAGCACACACAACCCCAAUACCGAGCUCUCCAAGAAUAUCUAUCCGCUGUGCAGCAAGGCACGGUUGAUCACCCAUCUGGACAUCCUGAUGGCUGGAAAGAGAAAGUGAAAGCUGUGCCUGUCAGCGCUAUUCGAGGAGAGGGCGUUUCUCAGAUUCCUAAACUGGUGAUGGAGUUCCUGGAAUAA